GCCUCAUUGGGGAAAGGAAUGGGACACUACUCCGAACAUUAUACCUUAUCUUUCUAAGGUCUUAAAUGAAUCGAUUAAACAAUUUGAGAAAGUACGCGUAAAGUAUGAUCCUGAUAAAAUGUUUUUCGAUAAUAAAUCCUUGCAGGCUAUAUUUAGUG